CACCCUACUGACGUGUCGGCUAACAAAAAAGGAACGCGUCGUCUGUCCGGCGCUAUUGCAACAAUUUUGUCUUCGUGGAACUAGUCCGGAAUCUGCAUGCAAAAAUCGCAUUAGCAAACCAACUUGUUUAUAUCAUUUUGUAAGGCUGAACUAAGGACUUAAAGGGAGCCACCAUGGGUUUAGCGAGCAUGUUACAGAUAGAUGAGAUGAUGGGCGAUUUCAAUAGAAUGAACAAACGCCAGUCGCUCUACCAAGUGCUGAGCUUCGCUAUGAUUGUAUCCUCUGCACUGAUGAUAUGGAAGGGCCUCAUGGUGGUUACCGGCAGUGAAUCGCCCAUUGUGGUAGUGCUCAGUGGCAGUAUGGAACCGGCGUUCCAUAGAGGCGAUCUGCUCUUCCUUACCAACUACAAAGAGGAGCCAGUGCGCGUAGGUGAAAUUGUUGUCUUCAAAGUAGAAGGGCGAGACAUUCCCAUUGUGCAUCGUGUAAUCAAAUUGCACGAAAAGGAGGAUGGCACAGUGAAAUUCCUAACCAAGGGCGAUAAUAACAAUGUAGAUGAUCGAGGAUUGUAUGCGCCUGGACAGAUGUGGCUAACGAAAAAAGACAUUGUUGGCCGUGCUAGAGGGUUUUUGCCUUAUGUCGGCAUUAUUACAAUAUUUAUGAACGAAUAUCCUAAAGUGAAGUGGGCUAUACUCUCGGUCUUGGCGAUUUUCGUGUUACUCCAUCGGGAAUAGAAACAGUUUACUAUAUCUAGUAGGUACAAUUUAAGUAGGAUCUGCGUGCAUAGUGUUGCCGGGGAUGUUGCACAAUCUCGAGUCUGUUUUGCAUUUCAGUUGAUCUUUCCCAAAAUUCUGUGCAUUUCUUAAUUUGUUUGAAUAUGAUGCUACCAAGAAAACAAGUUCAAACCAGAGUUGAAU